UCGAGCUUGUAGAUUUUUGGGUUGAUUCUAUCACAGCAGGACGGACGCAAGAUAAAUAAACAUUGGCAGAACAAUGCCAAGGUGUGAAUCGUCUAUAUUUUUUAUCAAGCAAUUUACACCUCCCUCAAUCUUUCCAAAGUCUAAGGAGUCUAUUGGACCAACAGGAAAAACUGACAAUCAAUUAAAAACUCAAAAUUUUAACGUAGAGCGACUGAAGCGGACGCUAGUUCCAGCCUCUCUAGACAAUUCAGAUAAUUUCGACGGUCCUGAUAUUCCUCGCACGGAGAGGUUCUUGUGGAUGUCUCUGGUAUGGCUGAUAUACAGUUUGACAGUGGUGACGAUCAUCAACUUGGUUUAUGAGUGGCUCACUUCAAAGGCCCGAUUCACGAUUCAGAGCAGACCGGUAAACGUCUACGAGAUCCCGUUCCCUGCAUUGACAUUCUGCAGCACGAAUCAGUUUCGACCAUCGGCUGUUAACCUCACUUUACUCCAUAGGAAGGCCCUCAUGCGCCAGGCUUUGUCACCUGAGGAGAUUUCAUUACUGGAUUUGUCAAAUAACGUGUGUUUUAGCGACACCAAUGUAGAGGAAUCAUUCAUAGAUGACAAAGUCAUUAAUUAUAUGAUUCAGAAAGUUUCACAAAAAUGCACUGACGUCUUCAAAGGUGUCUGGUGGAGAGAUGAGUUCAUCGGAAACGCUUGCGACUAUAUGCAAACUGUCUUUACACCUUACGGACUUUGCUUCACUUUCAACCCUUUGCCGAUGACGUCACUCUACUCGAAACAUGCAAUACCAUUAAUAAAAAAACAGCAGGAACUGGGCAAUUCAGGUAAGCUAUUGGACAGGAACACCAGCUGGACACUGGAGAAAGGCUAUGAUACACAGUCCUUCAACUGGGCAGAAAUGGUACCCCUGAGGACCGUUGGGGAUGAACGAAGGCAACCCCUGGGGGCCGCUAUCAGUUUAGACCUUCACGAUUACGAUGACACCUGUUACGCAGGAUUUAGAGGUUAUCAUUUAUCCGUGCAUAGCCCAACGGAAACCGCAAGUUCUCCGAUACACUCGUGGUAUCCCAUCAUCCAUGGAGCGUUGAAUCAGUUGAAACUUAAAGUACACUUGAAACAAACGAGCGAAAGUAUGCGCUCCUGGCCUGUGAAAAAAAGAGGUUGCUACUUUGACAAUGAGCGACAUCUAUACUAUUUUUCGACCUACUCCGAGAGGAACUGCGUAUCUGAAUGUCUCAGCAACCGCUCUUUCACAGUAUGCAAUUGUGUGCCUUUGCAUUUGCCGAGGACGGCAGAAAUGGCUGUAUGUGGUUCGUCAACCAUCGGAUGUGUUUUAGAUACAUUUGACUCAAAAGGAGGUUUUAGAGCUGCUUGUAGCUGCUUACCAUCAUGCACUGAAAUCAGAUAUGAAGUAUUCAGUAACGUGAUUCCUCUCAACACGAACAAAUUGAUCCUCAAGCAAUUUCAACAACGAUUAAAUAUUAGUGUCUCGGUCGAAAGGAUGGCAUCUCUCUCCGGGAUUGACGUUACGUUGUCAAUGAAGCAAAUUUAUCCGUUGACGAGAGCCCCUGUAUUUCCGCUUUAUUCAUUCAUAGGAAAAGUUGGAGGAUCAUUGAGCCUGUUCAUGGGUUUUAGCGUUGUUAGUUUCUUGGAAAUAAUAUUCUACUUCUCUUCUCGUUUCAUCGCUGAUCAGUGUCAUCAAGAUUCGGAUAAACUUCUUGCACCCCAAACAGAACAUCAUCUUUGAAUUUCAAGCAAUUCUGCCCCAACAAGAAAAUGAAGUCUGAUAAAGACAGAGAUUCAAGAGAGUCAGCAUGCCAUCAAUUCAUAUUCAACGGAUUCUAAUAGUCUUUAAAAAUUAUUCGUAACAAUAAAAAUCGAUUGAUUCAUCUGUUAUCGCUUAUUGAACUGCAAAUUAAACGAAAGGAUCUAAAA